GGAAUAAUUUUGCAUCCCUCCUUUUUCGUUGCCCAGCACACCCAAGCCAGCGACGUCGGCCACCCAAUUGCUCUCAAAAUGGCGGCAUUCGUCAAGGCGAUAAACGCUCGCAUCAGGGCCAACCCUGUGACUGACUACUUCUGCUCGACCCACUUUUGGGGACCGGCGUCCAACUUUGGCAUCCCCCUUGCGGCUGUCAUGGACACGCAAAAAAGCCCCGAGAUGAUCUCGCCCACCAUGACGGGCUCGCUCAUCGUCUACGCUGGAACAUUCAUGCGAUACUCGCUGGCAGUCACUCCCAAGAACUACCUCCUGUUCGCCUGCCACUUCGUCAACGCCGGCGCCCAGCUGACCCAGGGCUACCGGUAUCUCGACUGGCACCAGUGGGGAGGCAAGGAAAGGGCUGCGGCCGCAGAACCCACCCUUUCGACUGUCAAGGCACUGCAAGGGAAGGUGGAAGAGGCUGUGAGUAAAUAGGCAAUAUCAGGUGUUGUCCGGCCGAGAAUGGUGUCGGGGAAUAUUUUGGGGCUGGUAGGUCCAUUGCGCAGGGCUCAGCUGGUCUAUCAUGAAUGAUACACGACACGAUCAAGGGUCGACCUGCUGUCGGAUGUGGUAGGCAUGGCGUGGAAUCGCGGGACUGAUCGACCUCCCCGGUCGCGAAAUCGAUCGGGUAUUCACCAGCAGGUCAGCCGCAUUGGCUGGCUUGCCAUGUAUAAUGUAACUCGAGCAAAUGCUUGAGAGGAAGAAAUGCGUGCAUGGCAUGAAUCUAGACGUAUCGGAAGCCCAGGCAACGAUAACGGUCAUUAGAGCAAGUUUACAACCCGAAUCAUGGAACUUUAGAUGUCUUGCCUGAAGUUAAUAUGUGGUAUGAAUCCAUCAUUCGCCUAGCCCA